AUGGCAAAUAUUCCAUUGAAUAUAAUGUGCAUCUAUGAUCUUGUAUUUCGUUAUGAUUCAUUAAAUAAUAGAUUUAUGUAUUUAGGAUUUUCGUUUUCUCAAAUAUUUGUUCUAUCAAAUAUUCUGACAAAUGCAUCGACUAUAAAUUUUUCUUCUCAUCAAUUUAAACGACAAUUACCCAUUAUACAAUUAUACAUGAAAGAAUUAACGAUUAAAUGGCAAAUUAAUGAAUUUUAUGAACGUUUAACAACUACCGAUAAUGGUUUUGGUUUUUAUUUGGGUCGUAUUGCUAUUAUUAAUUAUCGAAAUACUUUUCAGUUGAAUUCAUUAAAUAAAAUGAUUAACGAUCUAUUCGUCAAUCGCAGACAUAUAAUGAAUUCUCGAUUGAAUUAUUUACGUCAGUUAGUUUGGCGUCAAUUUCAACGACAACAUCAACAUAUGACCUAUUGUAUGAUGUAUAGUGGUCAUGAUCUUUGGAAUGAUGUAUACUUUAUUGGUAUUAUGGCCAAUAUUCCAUUGAAUAUAAUGUGCAUCUAUAAUCUUGUAUUUCGAAAUGAUUCAUUAAAUAAUCAAUUUAUGUAUUUAGGAUUUUUAAUUUCUCAAAUGUUUGUUCUAUCUGCAAUCAUGGUAAAUGCUUCAACAAUGCAUUUUUCAGCUAAUCAAUUUAAACGACAAUUACCGAUUAUACAGUUAGGUAUGAAAAAACCAUCAAUUAAAUGGCAGGUUAAUGAAUUUUAUGAACGUUUAACAACCACUGAAAUUGGUUUUGGUUUUUAUUGCGGUCGUAUUGGUAUUAUUAAUUAUCAUAAUUCCUUUCACCAUAUUUUACCGAAUAUUGAUUAUCAAUGA